AUGCUCAUCAUUGCCGGGGCCGUGGGUAAGCAUGUGGUCUGUGUGUACGGCAACCUAGCAUGUCUUGUGUCGGGAUACAAAGCUUAUAUAACCCGUAUUUCUCGGCCCAAGAGUGCCGCCUUUUGUCCCACUUGCUCUCGCAAGUCGAACUAUCAUAUCACGGAUGAAGAUCAGGAGACGGGUGUGGCUGUUCUAGCGUCUCCAGAACUCAUCGAUGCCGAGAGUGAAUCUCUCGUGGAUGGUGGUAGUACUUCCUUCCGGGCUUCCGAGGACACUGCGGUCAGUCUAGGAAGACUUCCUCUCGUUACUGUGGAAUGUCUUUACCGUGAGACAUUUGACGGGCAUUCGGCAGGAGGACAGACGAAGUGA